AUGACCUCUAGUCGACAGUCUGGACCGUUGGUUGCAUCCACUCUCGCACCGCAAUCGCAACAUGAACUGGCGAGACGGGAUUUGGUUAUGGGUCUUGUGCAAGCUUGGAGUACAUGCUUCUCUGGCCUCGAGGUAUGCCCGCUUUCUGGAACAGAGUACCGAGCACUUGCUGACAAUCAGCGUGGCGUGCCCAGUGUCCCGGACCAAGAGGUCCCUAUCAUCCACCGAAGCGUCACAUACGUGUCACGGGUCCCUGAUUCCAGGGUCGGCUUGGCCCAUCUAUGCUGCCGCCAACCAAUGAAUGCUCAGCAGAUGUGCCGGAAGCCCAAAAGUCCACCCCGUCCACAACGGAACUGUCGGAUCGAUACCCUUCUCCUAGAUGCCGAGUAUGUGUUGGCAUCGGCUGCUCGAGAAGGGAAUUUGGACCAAGUGCAACGGUUACUGGAUUUGGGCGCCAACCACUCUCCAAGAGACUUGGCUGAUGGGACGCCACUGAUGGGAGCGGCGCGGGAAGGCCAUGAACCGAUCGUAUCUCUUCUACUCCAGCAAGGAGCUUCUGUAUUCGACCGCGAUCGAGCCAACCGAACGACUCUUCAUUGGGCUGCUGAAAGAGGGCAUGUUGAAGUUGCGGAAGAACUACUUGACAACGGAGCCGACCUGUCGGCCGUCGAUCGGAAGGGAUCUACCCCGUUACAUUUAGGCGCGGCGAACCGGUUCCCAGCCAUGGUAUCACUUCUUCUAGAACGAGGAGCGUCCACAUCUGCGAAGGAUGGGGACGCAAAAACACCUCUCCAUGUAGCAGCUGAAGUGGGGGUAACGAAGACGGUCAUGAUUAUCAUCCAGAAGGGCGCAGAUGUGUUGUCAGUGGAUGAACAAGGUCGCACUCCUUUGCAUUGUGCGGUUUAG